CGGGUGGUGGGCUUGGGAAUAACCGGGUUAAAAACUUAAGUGUUCUACGGACAUUCACGAAGAUCUCUUCUCGAAUAUCUCUUCUCAGUCAAUCGUGGCCUAACGAAGGUACGAAUUAUGUUCUGGAACUCCCUUGAAGCCUUCGUCUCCUGUUUCUCGGAAAUUCCGCUCCCCGUGGAUCACACGGACUAUAUAAAGCGCGACUCCAACAAACCUUUCUCCAGCCUCUCGCAUUUCCAGAUCUUUCUUCUCGAUUUCCCAAUUCCAAUGGCUUCUAGUGAUCAAGAUGUAACACUGCUCACCUUUUGGCCCAGCCCCUUCUCGAUGCGAGCCAAGCUUGCACUGUUGCUCAAGGGCAUCGAGCACGAAGAUCUCCCCGAGGAUUUGGGCAACAAGAGUAAGAUCCUACUCGAGUCCAAUCCAGUUCACAAGAAGGUCCCGGUUCUCAUCCACAAGGGCAAGCCCAUCGCAGAGUCGGCCAUCAUCGUCCACUACAUCGACGAGGUUUGGCCUGGAACAUCGCCACUCUUGCCGAAAGACGCAUUCCUCCGCGCAGAGCACCGCUUCUGGAGCGAUUUCAUCGACAAGAAGCUGCUGGACUGCUUUAUGCGUUUCGUGCACGGGAACGACAAAGAUGCCGCAAACGAGGAAUUCAUCGCCAACUGCGUGCUUCUCGAGGGGGCCUUGACGAAGCUGGGAAGUACACAAGAGGGUCCCUUCUUCGGCGGCGCGAGCUUCUCCUUCUUAGAUGUGAUGCUCGCUCCCUUCGUCGUGUGGAUCCCCGGGAUUGUGGGAGUGAUGGGCUUGAAGCAUGCCAGCGAGGAGCAGUGCCCGCGUCUCCACAAGUUCUUCGAGGCCGUGUCCGAGCAUCCGGCUGCCAAGGGCGCACUGCCCCCGGUCGAGAAGCUCAAGGAAUUUAUCCAGGUUCGCUUUGCGGUAAAGAAGUAGAUAGCCUUUGCAUUAAUAACAAGAAAAAGUUGGAGGUAUCUAAUGUAAUAUAAUGACAAUGUCACUACUGUUUGGAUUUA